UAAAUAAUUGGAAGAAAGCAGAAAUACCUUUUAUUUAGGCCAUUUCUUUUUUCAGGCCUGUCUUAGUGUUCCUGUCUUGUAACCUCUUCCUCUUGUGUGUUUUGGUUUGGUUUUUUACAUGUUUAUAUUUUAACCUUUUUCAUGGCUAGAUAUAGAAACCAUAACAUCAGCUUCAGCCGCUGGGCAUGGAAACCCUUAAAAAAAGGAAGACCCUAUCUCUUAGAAAUCAUCUCUUGGGAUGAAAACAGCGUUGUGUGGCUGAGCAAUAAAUGUGCUGAAACAGACAACUAUAUAAGGAGGCUUAAACAUACAAGGGUGAUUACAAGACUACUUGCUCUCUCUACCUCCAGACGAUUUAAUACCAUGGAUCACUUGGGGACAGCGGAUGCUGAGGACGACUCUGGAUCACUAACAAGGCUUGCGCCGAGUCCUCACAGCGAAGCAGUUGCACAUGAAUUUAAGGAGCUCUCGUUGCAGCCCACUCAGUACUUGCCUCCUCUCAAUGAACGGAAGAAUGUACUUCAGCUGAGGCUACAGCAGAGACGGACGCGAGAACAGCUGGUGGACCAGGGCAUCAUGCCACCUUUGAAAAGUCCAGCUGCAUUCCAUGAGCAGAUAAAGAGUCUGGAGCGAGCCAGGACUGAAAAUUUUUUGAAGCACAAGAUUCGCAGCAGGCCAGACCGGUCUGAGCUGGUCAGAAUGCACAUCCUUGAAGAGACCUUUGCGGAGCCUUCACUACAAGCCACUCAGAUGAAACUGAAGAGAGCUCGGUUGGCAGAUGAUCUGAAUGAGAAAAUUGCUCAGAGGCCUGGCCCUAUGGAACUUGUAGAAAAAAAUAUUCUUCCUGUAGACUCCAGUGUUAAAGAAGCUAUUAUAGCAGUUGGACAAGAGAAUUAUCCUCAAGCUUUGGAUGAUUAUUCAUUUGACGAAGACAGCAGUGAUGCUUUAUCACCAGAUCAGCCAGCCAGCCAAGAAUCCCAGGGUUCAGCAGCUUCCCCUGGUGAGCCAAAACCAAGUGACUCACCAUCACCAACAACACCAAAUGCUACUACAUCAACACAGUAUCCACCUUUAACCUCUCCAGUUCCCGAAUUUCUCAAAACUCCCUCUACAAUUGAACAGCACGUUACACGUUCUACUACUACAACCACCCUGACCACAAAUACUUUAUCUGCAGCAAAGCCUGGGCCAACGUUAGUAAAGCAAAGCCACCCAAAGAACCCAAAUGAUAAGCAUCGGAGCAAGAAAUGUAAAGAACCUAAACCAAGAGUGAAAAAAUUGAAGUAUCAUCAAUAUAUUCCACCUGAUCAGAAAGGUGAGAAAAAUGAGCCACAGAUGGACUCCAACUAUGCUCGUCUGCUACAACAGCAGCAACUGUUUUUGCAGCUGCAGAUCCUGAGCCAACAGCAACAACACUACAACUACCAGACAAUUCUACCUGCACCACUGAAGCCACUGAAUGACAAACAGACUAACAACGGGAACACACCACUGAAUACUUUGAAUAACAGUACACCAACAUCAGCCGCCAGCUCCCCAAGGCAGAACAGUAGUCUUCCCAGCCGGAAACCAGGACCUCUACCUUCAAGCUUGGAUGACUUGAAGGUAGCGGAGCUUAAAAUGGAGUUGAAAUUAAGGGGAUUGCCAGUGUCUGGUACAAAAACAGACCUUAUUGAACGUCUGAAACCCUAUCAAGAUCUUAAUAACAAUGGGGUUGCUGCUAGUAGCGCUGUUACAGUAACCACUUCUGCAGGGGCCACAGGUAACACUGGGGAAGUGACUGUGGCAUUUCCUGUUUCAACACUAAAUAAACCAGCAGCUAAUACAAUAUCCAGCUUUCCUUCAGAAAAGACAUCUACUGGACCUGGCUGCAAAGUAGUAAAUACUGAAAACAUUAGCUCUCCUUUGCCUGUAUCUCCCUCUCCCUCAGAACAAUCCAGCCUAAGCACAGACGAUGCCAGUAUGGCAGAUACUUUCACAGAAAUCAUGACCAUGAUGUCACCAUCCCAGUUCUUAAGUACUUCACCGCUAAGAGCAAAUAUGAGUGAUGACAAUCAGAAUCGAAGCAGUGGAAGCGCCUCAACCAUGGAGUUUGAUGUAGCAGAAAAGGACCGCAAGCUUCAAGAAAAAGAAAAACAGAUUGAAGAGCUGAAAAGGAAACUGGAACAAGAGCAAAAACUUGUGGAAGUAUUGAAAAUGCAACUUGAGGUUGAAAAACGGGGACAACAGCAACAGGCUCAGGCCUCUGGUAAUUCGGCUGCUUCGGAACAGAAGCAAUUGAAUGCUGCUGUCAAAGAUGAAAAUGCUCUUAUUGACUGCUCUAGUACAAGUCCAUCUGCGCCUGUAGCCAGUCAUUCUUUAGGACAAACGGUGUAUACUAGCAGUCAGAAUCCAGCUGCCAAAAAGGCAGUUGUUAUCAAGCAGGAGAUACCCGUGGCCAAAGCUGAAGGUCAGAAUGCCAUUUCUCAAUUCUAUGUUAAUACACAGAGGCAGCCACAAACUGCAGUUGUUGCUCAACCUCCAGCUUUAUUAACUACCCAAGGAACUGCACAGCUGCUCCUUCCGCUGUCUAUCCAGGGACCGAAUUCUACUACUGCAGUGCAGCUACCAGUUGGAAACAUAAAGUUGCAGGCUCAAUCACAGGCUGGAAUACAGACCCCAUCACAAAUACCUGCUCCUGUUUCUUCCUCUGGCCUGGUCCAGACAGCACCUCAGAUGCAUACUCCACAAUCAAAACCAAAUACCAUCACGCAGCAUGCACUUGGUCAGACCCAACAAAUCAGAAAGGUUUUUCCACCUACCACAUCAAAUGCAGUAUUUUCCUAUCAGACUGCACCAGUUACAACACCUUCACAGACUUUUAUUAAUAAAACAUCAAACUCUAACAUUCACACUGGUGGCAGUCCGGUUCCGUUGGUGCAGAACGGACCUGCUACUCCUAGUAAGCCUGGCUCUCCAUCACAAGCACAACCUUUUAUUGUACAACAAUCUCUCUUCAACAACACAGUAUCCAAGACAAAAGAUCCUCCUCGUUAUGAAGAGGCCAUAAAACAGACCCGCAAUAUUCAGACAUCGCAUCGUGAGAUUUCCAGUGCGCACAGUCAGCAGAUGGAUGAUCUUUUUGAUAUACUCAUCAAGAGUGGAGAGAUUUCCCUUCCAAUAAAGGAAGAACCAUCUCCCAUUUCUAAAAUGAGACCAGUAACAGCCAACAUCACGACAAUGCCAGUGAAUACAGCGAUAUCCCGCCCACCGCCACAAAUCCAAAUGGCCCCCCCUCCUGUGUCGUUAGAACCAACAAGCAGCUUGUCUAUAAGUUUGGAAAACCAACUUGAAGCCCUCUUGGAUGGAACUUUACCAUCAGGUAAUGGAAUUCCUCAACUGACAAGUAGUAACGAUGACAGAGAGUCAUUUUCUUUAAUCGAAGACCUCCAGAAUGAUCUGCUUAAUCACUCCAGCAUUUUAGAUCACUCUCAUUCACCCAUGGAAACAUCCGACCCACAGUUUACCACUAAUAAUUCUUGUCUGUCUCUUGACCUUCCCGAUACAAAUUUGGACAAUAUGGAAUGGCUAGACAUUACAAUGCCCAGCUCCUCCUCCGGACUCACUCCUCUCAGUUCUACUGCACCCAGCGUGUUUUCUACUGACUUUCUAGAUGCACAAGAUCUACAGUUGCACUGGGAUUAACCUACAGCCAAUGAGAACAUGAUCUGCAAGUCUCUUUACAGCAGAGGUCCAUUAUUGUACAAUUCUGAUUGCAGUUGAGAUAAAUUAAGGCAGUAGUGUUUAGAACAACAAGUGCUUGAUGCUAAUUCCUUAUUGAUUUUCAAGUUUACAACAGUGAAUUAGUUUAUGCUUCUAUCGGUAAUGUGCAUCAGGGCCCUCUGAAAGCUGUAUCUCACAAGUCAAGAAAAGAUGAUUGUACUUACUGAUUAAAAAGUACCACAAGGUAAAUGCAUCACAAAUAUUUAAGAAAGAAGUUAAUGUCCUCUGACUUUGUAAUGCCUAAAUGAACAACACAACAUGGCUAAACUUAGAGAAGAAGUGAGAUUUCAACUGUCAAUAUUGACACAGUGAACAAAUGUUUGAUGGAGGGUGAGGUAUCACUGCACUACAUUGUUCCUGUGGAUAGCCUGAGCCAGGUUCAAAAUUAAUUGAGAGGGCAAAGGCAAGUAGAAGCACUGGCUGGUUCAGUGAAAUUUCAUAUAUCUAGUCUCUGUUCAAGGUGGUUUUUUUAUAUUUUGGUUUUGUGGUUUUUAAAACUCUUCCCACAGUCUUUAACCAUGAGGGAAGAAUUUAAUUGCAUCCAAAGGGAAAUGAAGUGUAACUGCAAGAAGUCCACUGAGCUAUGCCAGGUAAUAUUGAGUACACUGAAUUUUGUAUAGCAAUGCUCUGGAUUUAUUAGGUAGGUUUUAAUGUGUAUAUCAGACAGUUAUUUGUAUACUCUUUUAACUUUGUAUAGCUUAUUUUUGUGAACAGAGGGGAACAGUGGUCUUCAAACGAGAUUACUAUAAUGGAAACAAUAAAUAUCCUAAUUUACUUUGUGUUUGAGGGUAUUUGUUAGAUCAUUGAAUCCGGUGUCUCAGCAUAUUAAAACAACUUGAGGAAGUAGAAAAAUUCAAUUAAUGCUGUUGUACACUAUGAUCCUGCGAGCAUCCAUGCAAGAAUAGCCCAAAUGCCCUCAAUCAAAGCUGUUUGUAGGAUCACACCAAGUUGUAGGGGACAGUACUGACAGGACACCAUCAUUUCUUCAGGAACACUGUCUACUGAACAGCUUUGUCUACCAGUACAUAACAUCAGGGAAGCUAAACAGAGAAGCCACUCAGUGAGAAUCCCGAAUAGCAGUAUCAGGAUGUACUGUUUUGUGAUAAAAAGGCACAUUUCAUACCUAGAACAGAGAACAGCAAAAAUUAAGCUCUUACCUGAUAGAUCAUGAAAAUAUUACAUUUUAAAAGCCCUUUGCUGUUUUUUUCUAUUAUGAAAGCAGGUGGAAAAAAAAACCAAAAAUGCAAAUAGAAGUAAAAUAUGGUUGUCUCUCAGGUAAUAGCUGUUCAAUGUUGCCAUAGAUGACAUAGGCUGAUAAUCAAACAUAAAAUUGGAAUUAUUUCCUGUUUCCUGAACAACAGAAACUUGGUAUGUUUUCUAGCCUGAAACUUGAUCUCAUUGCACAAUUCCUUCCUCACUACCAACCUUCAAAAAUAAAGUUUUGCAGGAACUAACAAAAAUGCCCUGAAGCUUUUGCUUACUUCGAGUAUCAGAAAUAUAAUGAAAACGUAUAGUAGCUGUUAACUAUUUAACAACCUGUAUCUCAUUUCUUAAAAAAAAAAACAAAAAACCCAAAACACAAUGCAAUCAUAUUAGCAUCCAACAAAAUACUUUUGUCAGAAAAUGUUGUGAAAUUAACUGCAAGUUUAUGUCUCCAGAUGUACAAUGCUGUCUGGUUUGCUAAUAUUACAGAAUUCCAUUGGCUUCAGAUAAAAUAGUGGACGAUAUCAUUGAUUCAUGGUUUAAACUGGCAUCAUAUGUUUGCAUCGUAUCAGUUACCAGCACUUUAAAUCAUGUAUCUUCAGUAGAUUUACAGGCCAAGAUUUACUUGAAUCUGAAACUAAGUACUGAAAAACAAUCUAUGAAGAUUUUCACAACAACAGAUGAAGUUGAAAGACAUAUUUCCUUAUUCCUUCUUGCUGUGCCUACAAUACUUGAGUACGAUAUUACACAUGGACUGUCUGCCUUAAAUGUUGAUGGUAUAGGACUCUACAAUAACGUUGAACAAAUACAUUCAACUUUUUGCAUUCCUUUCCAUCAUAUUGUCUUGGGAGCUAGUACUCUGAGAUACUAAGUGCCCUCAGCUGUUACGGGAAUAAGAAUUAAGGACUCUUGGUCUGAUAGGAACAAAUUCAAAUGAAAUCUAAUGUUCUGCAGUACUGUCAAUUUAUUAUGUGUGAUACAUGAGACUUCCUACCAUGUGUGGUUAGAGUUACCCCUUUUUGACCCUGCCUUCUGAUUAAAUAAGAGGCAAGUAAAUUAAUUUUUAGAGGACAAAUUAACGUCAAGUAACUGUAUUGUCAUUUUUGAUGUGCAUGUAAAUAGAGCUUAAAACUGGCAAAGCCAUCUUGCUACAAAACUAUCUGUACUGGCAGUGUAGAAUAUUAGCUAAUGCAUAGGAAUCUAUGUGCAGAUAUAAACCGAAACAGUUGAGCUGUGUUGUUAUCAGUAGAGUAUAGCUUUCUACUCUAAAAGUCUAUUUGCAGAAAAAAAAAAGGGAUCAUUUUAGUUUUUAAACUACAAAUAUUCUAGUGUAGGGAAUGUGUGAUUACAUUUUUGUACAUUUCAGAAUUAUGUGUAUUAAACCCUAUAUAUAAUGGUUUGCUUUAGAUUUUGUUCUGAAAUGUGAUAUAUUUGCCAUAGUUAUAUAGGCCUGUUAUGGCAGAAAUAGGUUUUGCUUAGACUUUUGUGUGUGCAUGUUUUACAUGGCAAUUUUGUAACACAAAUACAAUACAUCUUAGAAAUUUAAUCAAGACUGUGCAGCUUGACUGUACAGAACUGAAUAUUUCUCAUUAAGAGAACAGCUGCAAAGGAAUGCACUGGCACUAAAUUUGCCACUUAUGGCUGCAAUAUACUAAUAGAACACAUCCUGUCAAAUGUGUUGUUAGUAGAUCCUUCAAAGUAAUUAAGAAUACCAUUUUAUCAGCAUGAAAAUUAAAAGUUGGUGUUUACACUUGUAGACAUGGAAAGAGCUCAGACAUAUGUUUUACAAGGCUGAUGUUAAUCAAGACCAAGUCACAACCUGAGUUUGAGUACAUUUAAUCCUGCAUUUAAUACAGAAAUGGCAUUUGUUACGCACUUUUGGUGCUAUUCAGCAUUAGUUAAGGCAAGUAAGUCUACAGGCAAAAUUUUUGUUCGACAUUAUAUAUAGUUAAGAAAUCAUUGUCAUAAAUUUAGCAGUUCUCUGAAAUGAACUUGUGGUAGCUGAUCUCUACAGAAAUUCAGUCUAAUCCAGCAAUGCAGGCUUGCAGAAUCAGACUUUUAUAAAGCUGAGGCCACAGCUUUUAGAAAUAAUCACUACUUAACACUGAAAUUUCUUUCCAAGGUAUUUCAGUAUUCACCAACAGGAGUUACAUUCAAGGAAACAGCUGAUUAAAAUGGAAGUUUUGAUAAUAAACUUUUAUGUUACAUAAUCUCAGACAUUCAGAUGCCUGAAAAAUGCAGUAGGCACUGUAAUUGGAACCCAAGAACAAGCUGCUGAACUGUUUUCAAGGCAGAGGAAAUGCAGUCACAGAAUACAUUUAACUGGAAGGGCAUUAUGUAAUCAAAACACAGUAAAGCUCACUGAUGUAAACAGUUGUUAUUUGGAUGGCAUCUUCAGUGUAUUAUAAACUUAAAAUAAAUUCUAUUAAAACUGGAAAAAAAAAAACCUUCCACUUAUCUUUAGUAUCAUCUUUUGACGGCUUCUUCACCAAACUGCAGAUGGUUUUUCAUGUAAGAUACAUGGACUCGAGUUGCAUACAGUGUAUACAUGGCCAAUAAAGAGCAUCCAUUAAAACAUGAAGUAAUCUCAAAUUCCUUUUAUACCAGUCUGCUACGAAUAACUAUAAAGUGCAAAAAAGAGACACCACAUCAUUCUGUAGUGUCCAAUACUGAAUAAAAACACUUUUAAAGUUAAAAGUGCAUAAAUGUAUUUGUAGAAAACUAGCCAAAAAAAGCCAUUCUAGCUAUGAGAGCAAAUUCUCAAUAAAAGCAGGGAAUGGUUAAUAACUAUAUGAUCACACUAUUUUUAUAAAAAAUACAGCUCAGAUAUUCAAGAGACAGCCUAAAAUAAAUUACAAUAUUAUAAAAAUUUAAAUAGGAACCAAAGCAUUGCCAUUUAUAUUGCCAAAGGAGGCACUUUGUAUUUUGAAGCAUAGGAAAUUAAAUCCCCAAAAGCCCAUACUUUUUUUAAAUUAAGGAUGUAGAUAUUUUCAAAUAUGUUUUUGAUGUUUAACAGUACAGAGUUGUUUUUGUUGUUUGAGAAAUUUGUAUUAAUAGCACAGGCUUUUUUCCAGAUAGGAUUUUUCUUCACAGUACUGCUUGCAGUAGAAAUAACGCUAACCCUGGGAGGUGUUUCUCUUCUUAUUUUCAUGGUCACAAUUAUGUCUUAGCAUCUCAUUUUGUGAAAAGAAGAAGAUAGACACCUGUGUCUAGGGCCCUCUUCAUUUAAGCACUACUUUACUAAAUGCAAAUUAUGGCAAUCAGGGCGUCGGUUUAUGUAUUGCCUUUCUAUAAGAAACCAUGAUGCCUUUGUAUUUGCUGUUUGCACCCCUAAGAUCAAUUCCAUAUGUUUGAAUGCCAUAUGUUUUGCACAUUGUACUGUAUAUAUGUAAUGCAUACUGUAUUUUUAUAUGUGUACUACAUUUAUCAAAUAUUUUGUACAUAGUGGCAAUAUUGUAGCUACUGAGGAAAUGUUUGAUAUUUCAGCAUUUUUGCUAAGUGUCUAAAUAAAAAAGGAAAACUGUG